CUGGUACUUUCAAUGGCAGGAGAAGGAGUGAUCAGAAGAUGGAGAUGAAUUUUAACACUAUUCUAGAGGAGAUUCUUAUUAAAAGGUCACAGCAGAAAAAGAAGACAUCACCGUUAAACUACAAAGAGAGACUUUUCGUACUUACAAAGUCCAUGUUAACCUACUACGAGGGUCGCGCAGAGAAAAAAUACAGAAAGGGAUUUAUUGAUGUUUCAAAAAUCAAGUGUGUGGAAAUAGUGAAGAAUGAUGAUGUUGUCAUUCCCUGUCAAAAUAAAUACCCAUUUCAGGUUGUCCAUGAUGCUAACACACUUUACAUAUUUGCACCUAGUGCACAAAGCAGGGAUCGGUGGGUAAAGAAGUUAAAAGAAGAAAUAAAGAACAACAAUAAUAUUAUGAUUAAGUAUCAUCCAAAAUUCUGGGCAGAUGGAAGUUACCAGUGUUGCAGACAAACUGAAAAACUAGCACCUGGAUGUGAAAAAUAUAACAUUUUUGAGAGCAGUAUAAGAAAAGCACUACCUCCAGCCCCAGAAACAAAGAAGAGAAGGCCUCCCCCACCAAUUCCUCCUGAAGAAGAAGAUAAUGGUGAAGAAGUAGUUGUAGCAAUGUAUGAUUUUCAGGCGACAGAAGCACAUGAUCUCAGAUUAGAGAGAGGUCAAGAGUAUGUUAUAUUAGAAAAAAAUGAUGUUCAUUGGUGGAGAGCAAGAGAUAAAUAUGGGAGUGAAGGCUACAUCCCAAGUAAUUAUGUAACAGGAAAGAAAUCAAACAACUUGGAUCAAUAUGAGUGGUAUUGCAGAAAUAUGAACAGAAGCAAGGCAGAGCAGCUCCUCAGAAGUGAAGAUAAGGAAGGCGGUUUCAUGGUCAGAGACUCCAGUCAGCCAGGCAUGUACACAGUCUCCCUUUACACAAAAUUUGGAGGAGAAGGUUCUUCAGGCUUCAGGCAUUAUCAUAUAAAGGAAACAACAACAUCUCCGAAGAAGUAUUACUUAGCAGAAAAGCAUGCUUUCGCUUCAAUUCCCGAGGUUAUUGAGUAUCAUAAGCACAAUGCAGCAGGCCUGGUCACAAGGUUACGGUACCCUGUUAGUGUAAAGGGGAAGAAUGCGCCCACUACUGCCGGAUUCAGCUAUGAAAAAUGGGAGAUAAACCCUUCAGAGCUGACCUUUAUGAGGGAGCUGGGGAGUGGACUGUUUGGAGUGGUGAGGCUUGGCAAAUGGCGAGCCCAAUACAAAGUAGCCAUCAAAACCAUCAGAGAAGGAGCAAUGUGUGAGGAAGACUUUAUAGAAGAAGCCAAACUGAUGAUGAAACUGACACAUCCAAAGUUAGUACAGCUUUAUGGUGUUUGCACACAGCAAAAGCCCAUCUACAUUGUCGCGGAGUUCAUGGAAAGGGGCUGCCUCCUGAAUUUCCUCCGGCAGAGACAAGGUCAUUUUACCAGGGACAUGCUGCUGAGCAUAUGCCAGGAUGUGUGUGAAGGAAUGGAAUACUUGGAGAGGAACAGCUUCAUCCACAGAGAUCUGGCUGCUAGAAAUUGUCUUGUAAAUGAAGCAGGCAUUGUGAAAGUAUCCGAUUUUGGGAUGGCCAGGUACGUCCUGGAUGAUCAGUACACAAGUUCUUCUGGUGCUAAAUUCCCUGUGAAGUGGUGUCCACCCGAAGUGUUUAAUUACAGCCGUUUCAGCAGCAAGUCAGACGUCUGGUCAUUUGGUGUCUUAAUGUGGGAAGUAUUCACUGAAGGCAGAAUGCCCUUUGAAAAAAACACCAACUAUGAAGUGGUAACCAUGGUUACACGUGGCCACCGACUCUACCCACCCAAGCUGGCAUCCAAAUAUGUAUAUGAGGUGAUGCUGAGGUGUUGGCACGAGAAACCAGAGGGAAGACCUUCCUUUGAAGAUUUGUUGCGGACGAUAAAUGAACUUGUUGAGUGUGAAGAAACUUUUGGAAGAUGAAGUGGCACUGUGACCAGUGGCUCCCAGAUUC